AUGUCAUACGAGAGCCUGAAGGAACGUCUGACCGCUCACGGUCAAGAGCACCUCGUCAAGUACUGGCCGGAGCUGAGCGAGAAUGAGCGGGAACAGCUGGCCGCCGAGAUCGGGAAGUUGGACAUGGCCGAAAUCAACGCGCUGUUCUACAGGGCGAUGGAGAGCACCAAAGUGAUACUGGAGAAGUCCGACGACGACCUGAAGCCGAUACCGCAGUCGCACUACGAGUCCGUCUCGGGCCUGAGCGAGGACAAGAUAGAGGAGUACGAAAGCAUCGGUUUCAAAGAAAUCGCGGACGGCAAAGUUGGUGUCUUGCUGCUGGCCGGCGGCCAAGCCACCAGGCUGGGCUUCGGCCAUCCCAAAGGAAUGUACAACGUGGGGCUGCCCUCCAAGAAGACCCUAUUCCAAAUCCAGGCCGAAAGGAUAGUCCGUGUGCAGAACAUGGCCGCCGAGAGCACGGGAAAAGAGGGCAAGAUCACCUGGUAUAUCAUGACGUCUGAACACACAAUGGGACCUACAGCAGAGUACUUCAAAAGCCACUCUUUCUUUGGACUCAACCAGGAAGAUGUUGUAUUCUUCGAACAAGGCACACUCCCAUGCUUCGACUUUGAUGGCAAAAUAUUCUUAGACGAGAAAUACCACCUUUCUUCUGCGCCCGACGGCAAUGGAGGCUUGUAUAGAGCUUUGAAGAACCAAGGAGUGUUGGAGGACAUAAAGAGGAGAGGAGUACAGCACCUUCACGCUCAUUCCGUGGACAAUAUUCUGAUUAAAGUCGCAGAUCCAGUGUUCAUUGGUUAUUGUAAAAGCAAAAAUGCUGACUGUGCAGCGAAGGUGGUGCGCAAAUCUACACCAAGUGAGCCCGUUGGUGUUGUGUGCAGGGUUAACGGACACUACAAAGUUGUGGAAUACUCCGAGCUGACCGAUGAAGCAGCUGAGCGUAGGAAUCCAGAUGGCCGCUUGACUUUCUGCGCAGGGAACAUCUGCAAUCACUACUUCUCUUCUGAUUUUCUCACCAAGAUUUGCGAUUAUGAGACAAAACUGAAACUGCAUGUGGCAAAGAAAAAGAUACCCUACGUGGAUUGCGAUGGUAUCCGGCAAAAACCGUCCGAACCCAAUGGAAUCAAGAUGGAAAAGUUUAUAUUUGACGUAUUCGAGUUUGCUGAGAAAUUCAUUUGUUUGGAAGUCGCUAGGGACGUCGAAUUCUCGGCCCUCAAAAAUGCCGACGCGGCUAAAAAGGACUGCCCGUCUACUGCUAGGGAAGAUCUGCUACGUCUCCACAGGAAAUAUAUCAGAGAAGCAGGCGGUGUUAUUGCAGAUAACAUUGAUGUUGAGAUUUCCCCUUUGCUGUCUUAUGGUGGAGAGAAUUUGGAGGAUUUGGUUAAGAAUGAGGUAUUUACUAUAACACCAUUCCAUUUGAAGAGUAUAUAUGAGUCGGCCACAAAUGGUGUAAAUGGAAACCAC